CUGGGAGGAGAGCUCAUGAGACAAGCAGUUUGCGUUUUAAUAGAGAACUUGUCACUUUCCAGAAUGCCCUUUAAAGGUGACGCUGUGAUCGAUGGCUGGCAGUGGCUGAUAAAUGAUACUCUGAGAAGUCUCCACCUCAUCUCAAGCCAUUCCAGACAACAGAUCAAGGACGCAGCUGUCUCUGCUCUGUCUGCUCUCUGCAAAGAAUACUAUAGGAAGUUGCCUGGAGAGGCAGGUCCUGCCAUUGAAGGUGAGUGAGUGGGCAGGGAGAGGGUGGAGCCUGAAAGCAAGGGGCGGAGCCAGGCAGUGGAAGCCCAGCUGUCUGUGCCCCUGCUGGAGUUACUCUUUCAGGACCCAGCUGAUGUGACCCCAUUACACAGGACCUUCACAGGGCUCCUCCUGGGCCACAUGGGUUUGGAGGCCGUCAUGUCCUUGGUCUGUCUGGCCAGACUAGCUGCCCGAGUAGUGAUCAUCUCUGGAGAAGGAGCCUUCUCCAGGCCUUCCUGCCCUCUGUGGAAGCACUCUGUUCACUUCAGCAGUGCUUCUUAAGGUCGUUUUUGAAUGAACUUUUUCCAGUGGUUUGUUCUUUGGGGAUUCCUAUUUUAUACUUGUUGGAGCUUUUUAUCUUUAUACUGUUUUUCUCAAUCUUUCAGCCUCUUUUUUUUCUCUUCUUUUUAUUCACUUUCCAUGUUUCUGCUAUUGGCUUCUCCUUGCUGUCUCUUUGCUUUUCACAUGCUUAUUUUCUUUCUUUUUUUGUUUUUUUUUGUGGUACUGGGCUUUGAACUCAGGGCCUACACCUUGAGCCAC